GGUUUCCCGGAAGAUGUUUUGGAUAUCAUCAGAGAAGAGCCGAAAGUUUGUAAUUAUAUUGAUAUUCCUCUUCAGCACAUCAACUCAGAUUUGUUGAAAUCGAUGAAACGUGGAACGACUCACGAAAAAACGAAUGCUUUAUUAGAUAAAUUCAGAGAGAAAGUUCCGGAUAUGGCGAUCAGAACUACUUUGAUUGUUGGUUAUCCCGGUGAAACGGAAGAAAGAUUUCAAGAGCUUAAAAACUGGGUGAGAGAGCAGAAAUUCGACAGAUUAGGAUGUUUCACUUAUUCUCAUGAAGAAAACACUGGUGCUUACGUUUUGGAAGACGAUAUUCCGCAGGAAGUGAAAGAAGCUAGAGUAGAAGAGAUCAUGGAAUUGCAGUCGCAAAUUUCUUGGGAGAAAAAUCAAACGAAAAUUGGCGAAGUUUACAAAUGUGUUUUCGACAGAAAAGAAGGAAAUUACUUUGUAGGAAGAACAGAAUAUGAUUCGCCCGACGUAGACAAUACAGUUUUGGUUGCCGCAGAUAAUACUUACAUUUCCAUAGGCGAAUUUGCCAACGUAAAAAUCACUUCCGCAGAGGAAUUCGAUUUG